GAGAGAGCGAGCGCCGGCGGCGGUGGCGGCGGUGGCCGGCGGUUCGGGCAGCCGUGCACGCGUCAGCAACUGUGUGCGACGCAAGUUCCGGACCGGGCUUGAGCGUCCUCGCCCCACGCCUCUCCGUGUUCUCGCCUAGCUGCGGGUUGUCUGCCGGCUGUGGCUCUUCUGCCCCGAGCUUGCGGAGGGCGUCCCUUCCUCGCCUCAGUGGCCGCACCGUUCUCUCGUGAAGCACUGCCCCCAGCUCCAUGAAUGGAAAUCGGCUCCGCAGGACCCAUUGGGGCCCAGCCCCUACUCAUAGUGCCCAGAAGACCUGGAUAUGGCACUAUGGGCAAACCCAUUAAACUGCUGGCUAACUGUUUUCAAGUUGAAAUCCCAAAGAUUGAUGUCUACCUCUAUGAGGUCGAUAUUAAACCAGACAAGUGUCCUAGGAGAGUGAACAGAGAAGUUGUUGACUCAAUGGUUCAGCAUUUUAAAGUGACUAUAUUUGGAGACCGUAGACCAGUUUAUGAUGGGAAAAGAAGCCUUUACACAGCCAAUCCACUUCCUGUGGCAACAACUGGGGUAGAUUUAGAUGUUACGUUACCUGGGGAAGGUGGAAAAGAUCGGCCUUUCAAGGUGUCAGUCAAAUUUGUGUCUCGGGUGAGUUGGCACCUACUACAUGAAGUACUGACGGGACGGACUUUGCCUGAGCCGCUGGAAUUAGACAAGCCCAUCAGCACUAACCCAGUCCAUGCCGUUGAUGUGGUGCUACGACAUCUGCCCUCCAUGAAAUAUACACCUGUGGGGCGUUCCUUUUUCUCAGCUCCAGAAGGAUAUGACCACCCUCUGGGAGGGGGCAGGGAAGUAUGGUUUGGAUUCCAUCAGUCUGUUCGGCCUGCCAUGUGGAAAAUGAUGCUAAAUAUUGAUGUUUCUGCCACUGCCUUCUACAAAGCACAACCUGUAAUUCAGUUCAUGUGUGAAGUUCUUGACAUUCAUAACAUUGAUGAGCAACCCAGACCUCUGACUGAUUCUCAUCGGGUAAAAUUCACUAAGGAGAUAAAAGGUCUGAAGGUUGAAGUGACUCAUUGUGGAGCAAUGAGACGGAAAUACCGUGUUUGUAAUGUUACAAGGAGGCCUGCCAGCCAUCAAACCUUUCCUUUACAGUUAGAAAAUGGCCAGACUGUGGAGAGAACUGUAGCUCAGUAUUUCAGAGAAAAGUAUGCUCUUCAGCUGAAGUACCCUCACCUUCCCUGUCUGCAAGUGGGGCAGGAGCAGAAGCAUACGUACCUGCCGUUGGAAGUCUGCAAUAUUGUGGCGGGACAACGGUGUAUCAAGAAACUAACUGACAAUCAGACUUCCACUAUGAUUAAGGCAACAGCAAGAUCUGCACCAGAUAGACAAGAGGAAAUUAGCAGAUUGGUAAGAAGUGCAAACUAUGAAACAGAUCCAUUCGUCCAGGAGUUUCAAUUUAAAGUGCGGGAUGAAAUGGCUCAUGUAACCGGACGUGUACUUCCAGCGCCUAUGCUCCAGUAUGGAGGACGGAACCGGACAGUGGCAACACCGAGCCAUGGUGUGUGGGACAUGCGAGGAAAACAAUUCCACACAGGAGUUGAAAUCAAAAUGUGGGCAAUAGCUUGCUUUGCCACACAGAGGCAGUGCAGAGAAGAAAUACUGAAAGGUUUCACGGACCAGCUUCGAAAGAUUUCCAAAGAUGCAGGGAUGCCUAUCCAAGGCCAGCCAUGCUUCUGCAAAUACGCACAGGGAGCAGACAGCGUGGAGCCCAUGUUCCGGCAUCUAAAGAACACCUACUCAGGACUGCAGCUCAUUAUCGUCAUCCUGCCAGGGAAGACGCCUGUGUAUGCGGAAGUGAAGCGUGUAGGAGAUACACUUUUGGGUAUGGCCACACAGUGUGUGCAAGUCAAGAAUGUCAUAAAAACAUCUCCUCAAACUCUAUCAAAUUUGUGCCUAAAGAUCAAUGUGAAACUUGGAGGAAUCAAUAAUAUUCUUGUACCUCAUCAAAGACCUUCUGUGUUCCAGCAACCAGUGAUCUUCCUGGGCGCAGAUGUCACUCACCCGCCCGCUGGGGAUGGGAAGAAGCCCUCCAUUGCUGCUGUUGUAGGUAGUAUGGAUGCCCAUCCAAGCAGAUACUGUGCCACGGUAAGAGUUCAGAGACCCCGGCAGGAAAUCAUCCAGGACUUGGCCUCCAUGGUCCGGGAACUGCUCAUCCAAUUUUAUAAGUCAACCCGAUUCAAACCUACUCGAAUUAUCUUUUAUCGGGAUGGUGUUUCAGAAGGACAAUUUAGACAGGUAUUAUACUAUGAGCUACUGGCAAUUCGAGAAGCCUGUAUCAGUUUGGAGAAAGACUAUCAACCUGGAAUAACCUACAUUGUAGUUCAGAAGAGACAUCAUACACGAUUGUUUUGUGCUGACAGGACAGAGAGGGUUGGGAGAAGUGGCAACAUUCCAGCUGGAACCACAGUUGACACCGACAUUACUCACCCGUAUGAGUUUGACUUCUAUCUCUGUAGCCAUGCUGGGAUACAGGGAACCAGCCGUCCUUCACACUAUCACGUCUUGUGGGAUGACAACUGCUUCACAGCAGAUGAACUUCAGCUGCUGACUUACCAGCUCUGUCACACCUAUGUGAGGUGCACACGCUCCGUCUCCAUUCCUGCCCCUGCAUACUAUGCCCACCUGGUGGCAUUCAGAGCCAGAUAUCACCUUGUGGACAAGGAACAUGAUAGUGCUGAAGGAAGCCACGUUUCAGGACAGAGCAAUGGGCGAGAUCCACAGGCUCUUGCCAAGGCUGUACAAAUUCACCAAGAUACCUUACGUACAAUGUACUUCGCUUAACAAGUCCAAGUGCAUUCUCUGAGAGGAUGAGCUGAAAGAGGGGUCAGCAUACAGUGUAUGUUUCCAGUGGAGUCA